ACUGAGCCAUGCUAAUUGCUAGUACAAGAAAAAACAAAAGAAAAAAAAAAGUCAUUUCAAGACUGGCUACUAGUCGCAGCAAAUUGGUGUUUUGCUUGUGAUUUUCCUAUCUUUUCAAAGCCAAGACUCAAAAGCGCUCUCUCUCUCUCUCUCUCUCUCUCUCUUCUUCAUCUUGAUCCAUGGACAUUUCUCAGUGGCGACAGGGGAUGGAGUCAAGGGGUAUAACUGAAAUGAGGAAGCCAAUUAGGCCACAAAAAGAACAAGCAUUGAACUGUCCAAGGUGCAAUUCAACCAACACAAAAUUCUGCUACUACAACAACUACAGCCUCUCUCAGCCAAGAUACUUCUGCAAGUCUUGUAGGAGGUACUGGACUGAAGGUGGGUCCCUCAGAAAUGUUCCAGUAGGUGGAGGCUCCAGGAUUAACCACAAGAAAUCAUCAUCAUCAAAGAAUAAUCUCCCUCAUGAUCUGACCCCGCCAACAAAUUCCUCACACUCUGCCAUCCAAAACCCUAAAUUUCACCAAGGCCAAGACCUCAACCUUACUUGCCUACCCCCUAAUACUAGUGAUCACAACACCAUUUACCCUAACCCUUUUGGAUAUAGGAUAUUUGACUCAGAUGGGGCAAUUUCUGAGCAAGAAUUCAAGCCAAUCAGCCUUAAUAUUUGUCUAAACGGGUUUGGAAAUGUGUAUGGAUCAAGGUUUCCAGGGGUUCCCCGUCCAGUCCUGACGCACAAAUACACACAAAUAACUUUCCCACCAACUCCUCUCCCAUGCGCGCCUGACUUUGAAGAGAGUACAAGUGCAAGGCCAUUUUUCCCUUUUGAGGAGUUGAAGCUGCAUAAUAAAGGGCAAGGAGAGCCUAGCACAACUGGGCACUGGAGUGGGAUGUUGGGUGGAGGGUCUAAUUGGUAAAAUUACUACCAUUCGAAAAUGGGUAAGGAAAAAAACUGAAUAAAGUCUCUCUCUCUCUCUCUCUCUCUCUCUCUCUCUCUCUCUCUAAAUCCCAGCAAGGGAGCAAAGAACCCUAAGUUGUAUGCGUCUUGGUGAAGAUGAAAAUUGAUCCUAGUUCCAUGUUUUGAAGCAGCAUUUUUUGAGCUGUUCUGCUUAGUAGAAUGUCUGUUCUUGGGAAUUGAGACCAAUAAACCUUUCCUAAAGUAAACGAUGUGGCCUAGAUUAACUAAGAGCAUAGGGAUUGCAUCGGCACCUGUAUAUGAACCACAAAAUUUAUCUUCAUGUGCAGUUUUCUUGAUUCUAGAAAGCAAAGAUUGUUUCGUA